AGCUCCUGCCAUGGAGACAGAGGAACAGGGGCUCUUCUCUCCGGCUGCCGCCGCCAUUCUCAGGAUAUUAAUACUAAGGGCACAGACACACGGACACAGCAGCCUGGAGGUUCUAACAGAGACGGGAACUUACUGUGGCGCUGGAUCCCUGAGGGACAACAAGACACAGAACCCCGGGCCCUGGAUCCCUGAGGGACAACAAGACACAGAACCCCGGGCCCUGGAUCCCUGAGGGACAACAAGGACACAAAUCCCUGGUAACCGGAUCACUGAGAGAUGGGCAAAGACGGAUGGUACUGGUUCCUUAAGGGAGAGGCACAGAAUCGCUGGCACUGAGACCCGAGGGACUGAAGAACACAAUCUCUGUGAGACAUAAGGACAUAAUUCACACCCUGGAUCCUCGAGGGAGGGACAUAAGGACAUAAUUCACACCCUGGAUCCUCGAGGGAGGGACAUAAAGAGAUUUCAGACCCAGAUCCCUGAGGGAGGGACAUAAAGAGAUUUCAGACCCAGAUCCCUGAGGGAGGGACAUAAAGAGAUUUCAGACCCAGAUCCCUGAGGGAGGGAUGAAGAGGUCGCUGUCAGGAACGCCGCUGGCUGAACGGGACGGGAAAGUUACUCGCAAGAUGUCUGAGAACGGGACAUGCAACCGGAUCCUGACUCUGGACUCCAUGAAUCCCUGUAUCCAGAAAGUGGAAUACGCAGUGAGGGGCCCCAUCGUCAUCAGGGCUGUGGAGCUGGAGAAAGAACUGCAGCAGGGGGUAAAGAAGCCAUUCACAGAAGUGAUCAAAGCCAAUAUUGGAGAUGCCCAUGCAAUGGGUCAGAAACCCGUUACUUUCCUGCGCCAGGUGAGUGCCAUCUGUCUGUACCCCGAGCUCAUGAAUGACAACAAGUUCCCGGAGGACGUGAAGCAGAAGGCAGCGAGGAUCCUGCAGGCGUGUGGCGGGCACAGCAUUGGGGCCUACAGCGCCAGCCAAGGGAUUGAAGUGAUCCGACAAGAUGUGGCCAAGUACAUUGAGAGAAGGGAUGGGGGUAUCCUGUCCGACCCCAACAACAUCUACCUCUCCACGGGGGCCAGUGACUCUAUUGUGACAAUGCUGAAGUUGCUGGUGUCUGGGCAAGGGAAAUCCCGAACUGGGGUGAUGAUCCCGAUCCCUCAAUACCCGCUGUAUUCUGCGGCCCUGGCAGAGUUGGAUGCCGUGCAGGUUAAUUAUUAUCUGGAUGAGGAGAACUGCUGGGCCCUGGACAUCAACGAGCUGCGGAGAGCACUAGCGGAGGCCCGAAAACAUUGUGACCCCAAAGUACUGUGCAUUAUUAACCCAGGAAACCCUACAGGGCAGGUGCAGAGCCGCAAGUGCAUUGAGGACGUGAUCCGUUUUGCUGCUGAAGAGAAUCUUUUCCUGAUGGCGGAUGAGGUCUACCAAGAUAAUGUCUAUGCCAAGGGCUGUGCCUUUCACUCCUUCAAAAAGGUUCUCUUUGAGAUGGGACCCAAGUAUUCAGAAACGCUGGAACUGGCUUCUUUCCACUCCACAUCCAAGGGAUACAUGGGAGAGUGCGGGUUCAGAGGGGGUUACAUGGAAGUGAUCAAUAUGGAUCCUGCUGUCAAGCAACAACUAACCAAGUUGGUGUCUGUGCGUCUGUGCCCCCCAGUGCCGGGGCAAGUAUUACUUGAUGUGAUUGUGAACCCACCAAAGCCUGGGGAGCCCUCCUACAAACAGUUCAUUUCUGAGAAACAGGCUGUGCUCAAUAACCUGGCUGAGAAAGCUCGUCUCACUGAGGAAAUCCUAAACCAAGCGCCUGGGAUCCGCUGUAACCCAGUCCAGGGAGCCAUGUACUCGUUUCCAAGGAUCCACAUCCCAGAGAAGGCCAUUAAACUUGCACAGGCUGAGGGACAGGCCCCAGACAUGUUCUUCUGUAUGAAGCUGCUGGAAGAGACUGGCAUUUGUGUGGUACCUGGAAGUGGAUUUGGACAACGUGAGGGCACUCACCAUUUCAGGAUGACCAUCCUCCCUCCCACCGAUAAGCUGAAGAGCCUGUUAGAGCGGCUGAAGGAUUUCCACCAGAAAUUUAUGGAUGAGUAUUCCUAGGAUGCCACAAUGGCGCAGACCAUCUGCUUCCAUAUCCUAAUCUUGACUGUUGACUAGUAGUACAUGCAUAACCCUCAGAUUUGCCCCAGUGCUUUUUACCUCCUGCUUUCCACCCUCAGACUUGAGCUACUCAACCCCAACCCUGGAGAAGCCUUCACUGACUCCCAAGUAAACUCACGGUUGACUCCCCUACUAGACAAGAACUUGAGGAGUAGGCCCACAAUCGUGCCUCACAGUAUUCCCUAAUUAUCAACAGAUCAGUAUCCAGUUACAACUACACAUGCACCUUUUUAUGUUUUUAUCUCAAUUUAGCACUUUUGUUGGAAUCCAAAGCCAAAAUGUGAAUGAGCUCCGUGUUUUCUUACACUAAUGACUGAGCCCCAGUAAGGAGGCCCCUAAUAACCACUGGAUGCAUUUUGUGAUUUCCCAGCCUGGUGCCCCAUUCACAUCUCUACUUGACCUGCCUCUUCUAUAGGGCCCUGCCGGCUGGUAGACAGAGAGAGGUAAAUCUGCUUUUUAGGGUGUCAUGUGGGGGUAUACAGUGGGCUUAGUGUGUACCCCUUGUGUUGCUUAAUCUCUUGCUUUACAGACUAAUCCAGAUUAACGUAACAUUAUGGGAGUUUUACAUUCAGGCCCUUGGUUGGCUGAGUUCUAUAGGCCUUAUUCCAGAUGCCCUGCAGAAGUCUCUAAGUGCCCUUUCUAAAUAUGGACUUGCCUGAUCUUGUGCCCAGGAGGCCACCUCAAAGCCCCGAACGCUGCUCAGAAUUGUAUAAUAAUCUGAAUUCAUGGAAGGUCCUAUGCAAUGCCUCAACUGGUGAAGUGGAAUCCCUGCGCUUGCUCCUAUUCUCCGGAGGCCGCCAUCUUGGAUGCAGAAUAAAGUGCAGGAUGCAAUUUGCAUUUCUAUCAGAACAUCACAAACACACAAGGACUCGCACUAUAACAGGUUCUGAUUGCACCUGCCCAUACCCAUUUGCUUUUAUACCAAUUGGAAAAAGAAUGCAAAGAUCUGAUUGGUUGCUAUGGGCAACUGCACUGAAGUAUUGGCUGUAGGGUCAUCCUUGGCGGCUGUUGCCAGAUCAGCUGAGCUUCUAGCCAAGAUGUCGAGUAGCCAAAUUACUGGCCAGUCCUGUUCAGCAUUUUAAUAUACGUAAAGGGCUAAAAUUCAUGUUUUUAAUAUGAAUCAAUAAAGAUUGUUUGGAAGAUU